GCUGAGGAGCUUGAAACAACAGCGCCACUAUUUCGAGAAAUCGAGUCCGAAAGUUCCGAUGAGGACGAAGAGUCGUGCAGAGAUCGGUGCUCAGCGGGUUGCGCUCAGUUUGUCUCAUUAUUCCUCUCAUUCGUCUGUCCGGGCAUUGAGGAGGAGGAAGAUUUUGGUGUAGGAAGACCCACACGAAUUCCCAUUGUCACAUACUAA